AUGAUUUUCGCAGAGAACAACUUUUGGGGCCGAUCAAUUGCUGCCAUUUCGGCAUCAAGCGACCCGGAUUCCUACGGCGGCUUUGGACCUUUUGUACCACUCUUCGAACGAAUUCCCUACAAUGAUUUGAAAGCGCUCGAAAAAGCCAUAUCAGAUCCGAACACAGCCGGUUUUAUGGUGGAACCGAUCCAAGGAGAAGCUGGCGUCAUAGUACCAGAUGCCGGAUACUUAAAGGGUGUACAAGAUCUCUGUAAGAAGCAUAAUGUACUCUUCAUCACUGACGAAAUACAGUCCGGUCUCGGAAGGACGGGAGAGCUGAUGGCUCACUACCAUGACGGUGUUCGCCCAGACAUUGUGGUUCUUGGAAAGGCUCUCUCCGGUGGUGUGUAUCCAGACAACACGGCUCCACAUACGGAGGAAACCCAGGUGGCUUGUCGAGCAGCUAUUGAAGCCCUCAAGGUGAUUGACGAUGAGGGACUUGUUGAGAACUCGGCAAAGAAUGGGCGAAUUGUUCAUGUCGAAGCUGCGGACGCUCCCAAAGGAGAUCGUGAAAACUGUUCGUGGACGGGGAUUGUUCAUUGCGAUCGUUAUUAG